GGAAGCUGCUGUUGCUCCCCUGUAACAUUUUUGUAAACACGUGAAGUCGCUGCCUUGAUGCCUGAACCGUCUCAGUUGCUGAAAUAACAUGGUCAUUAAAUGCGAUUAUGUGCUAUAUACUGAAUAGGCUACACAACUCAGUUUAACCUAGAAUUUAACCUAAAAGCAUGGUAACGUUACGUGUUAAAUACGUAAAGGAAUCCUAGUAACUAGGCAUCGCGUGCUCUCAUCUGCCCCUUGGCUUAGCUUGGCUUUACUGAUUACUGAGUGAUGGCUAGUGACAAUGAGUGGCAGGUAGCAGGUCGGCGUAAAGGAGCCUCAAGUAGAAAGAAGAAAACAUCAACUGUGGCCGCUGUUGAUCUUCCAGUCCCCGAAGCUGGCGACAGCCAUCGAGAUCAGCAACGUAUCAUUCAGACCUUGAAUGAAUUGAGAGGGGAGGACUUCUGGUCAGAGUGGAAAGAUCUACUAACAGGACGGUUGUCCGACACUGGGUCCUAUAGGGGUCAGACAGGUGUCCAGAUUGAAUGCCUGCAGGAUUGUGUGUGUUAUGGCCUGGGCAGCUUCUCCACAUGUGUGUCUGCACGCUAUCAGCUGGCCUUACUACUUCUCCUGCUGGAUGCCCUAAAGAUCCCAGUGGAGCACUGCAGUGUGUAUGAUCCUGUGUUCUCACUGACGGAGCUUGAGACACUUAGAGCUCUGGGGUUUUCAGUACUCACGGAAAAUGAGGAAGGCAAGCGAGCUGUGCGUCAGCCAACGCUCUUCUACCUGAUGCAUUGUGGGAAGGCUCUGUAUAACAACCUGCUCUGGAAGAACUGGAGCUCUCAGGCCCUGCCCAAACUCCUCAUCAUUGGCAACAGUUUCCAUGGCAUCCAAGAGAGAAUGCUGCAGAGGGAGCUCCAGAGGGACUAUGCCUACCUAUCCACUGUGAUGAGUGUGUGCGAAGAGACAGCCCUGCCCUGCUCACAGCGUUUCCUGGAUGUGUUCAAUGAUACGGCACUGAUCUGCUUCACCCCUCAAAGCCUCAGCCAACUCCCAGAAUCCACCUGGGUUGACCCAGAAGAACCACAGUACCAGCACUGCCCAGAUCUGGAGAUCAUCAGGAGAGAGCAGAGAUAACACAGUGUGUGUGGUGUGUGUGUGUGUGUGUGUGUGUGUGUGUGUGUGUGAGUGAGUGAGUGAGUGAGAGAGAGAGAGAGAAAGCACAUUUUGUAGUUGCUCUGUUGAACUUGGUAUUACAGGUUUAUCUUAGUGAUUUAACACAAACUGGUUUUAGCAAUCACUGUGAUAAAGCCAUGUUAUGUAAUAAGGGUGGGGAAGUUCACAAUUUCAUGUUUUGGGGAGACCGUUUUAUAUUUUCUGAAUACCAUGGUAUACAGGAGACAGUGCACGACUGCUAUUCUCCGUAAUUUCAUGUGUUUAGAAAUAAUGAUAAUUUUGGUGGCCGCAUCCAAAUGAGGCUGCAUUCAAAAUAAACAACAGAGUAAGAUUUAAAAAA